CGGACGAGGAAGCAGGCGGGUCGCGCCGCUCGGUGGAACAUUGCCACAUACACUGAUGUAGUUCAGUCCGUCGGUCCGUGUACGCACAGUCGUGUGGCAGUCGAGUAUCAAUGCUGGCAUAGCCAUGACAGUGAAGGCGGUGGAACUGUACGCGACGCCGGGCGCGGCGACGAGUCGCGUGCGCAGCUACUUGCGGCAGGCGCUGAUGGUGGUGCUGAUCAACGUGCCGGCGAUGUCCUUCGGGCUGGCGGUGGGCUGGGUGUCGCUGGCCAGCGGCGAGAGUGGCGCUGGCGGCGCGUUGGACGAGGCGCAGGCGGUAGCGGCGGCGGGCACUACGUACCUGGCCUCACUGGUGGGGGUGCCGCUCUGCGCGCGCGCUCUCGCUGGUGGCAGGAAGCCAGCCGUCAUCGCCACCUCCGCUGCUUUUGUGAUGUCGCACCUUCCGCAGGCUUGCUGGGGUCUGAAGCUGUGCGGGGGCGGCUGGUGGGUGGUGGCAGCGCGCGCCUGCGCCGGCGUGGGGGGCGCGGGGGCCUGGUGCCUGGCGCCGCUGCUGGCGAACGAGGUCUGUAUGGUGUGUGUGUGUGUGGUGGGGGCGGGGGGCGCGGUAGUGUAUGACGUGUGCGUGUGUGUGUGCAGAUGUGUGCAGCGGAGGCGCGCGGCGCGGCGUCGGCGGCGCUGGUGGCGGCGCACAACGCGGGCGCGCUGCUCAUGUACGCGGCCGCCGACGCCGGGCUCCCGCACAGGUACCGCCGCCAGCCGCCAGCCGCCGCUCUACGCGCUGCCGGGGCUGUAUGUGAUGUACCUACAGCUGAUGGCGCGGUGUUUCAGUGCGCUGCUGUGGAGCUGCCUGGCGCUGUCCGCGGCGCAUUGCGUGCUGUACCUGCUGGUGCCGGAGUCACCCGCGUUCCUGGCUGCCGCCGGCAGGGCUGACGAGGCGCGCGCGUCGCUGGCGUGGCUGCGCGGUCUGCCGGCGGACGCGGCGGCGCUGCACCAGGAGCUGGCCGCGCUGCCGCCGCCUGACCAUCAGCUCGCCUCAGCAUACAGCAUCACUAAACGAUUCUGUGAGUACCGUUCCAGCUCUUGUUGUUGUGUGUGCGCAAUAAAUAGAAAUAAUGGGCUACCUACAACUUAUAACCUUUUCAAUGAAGCAAAUCUCAAAACUGUGUGUGUAGCAGUUACACAUAGGAGCAGAUGA